AUGCCUGACGUCAAGAGGACAGUCAGGCUGGUUACAGAGCAGCAGAUUAUUAACAAAGAUUCCGGUGUUGAAGGGUUCCCGCUUCGGUCGUGGUCCAUUGAGAUUUACCUCGUUAAUGAUCGUGGGGAGCAAAUCCCGGCCGAUGUAUUUGAUAAAGUGACGUACAUGCUGCAUCCGAGUUUUGGAGAGAGGGCGAUUCAGACAUUCAACAAUCCUCCUUUCCGAAUUCAAGAGGAGGGAUGGGGUGAAUUUGAUAUGCAAGUUACACUUACGGCUGCGGAUAAGGAUCACAAUAUCACGCAUGACCUGAACUUUGCAUCGACGCGAUAUGAAUCGAAACAUGUCGUGACUUUUAGGAACCCCAAACCGGCCCUGUUGUCUCUUCUCAGGCAAUCCGGACCGGUUCCUGGCGAUGAGAAUGGUGUGAAAUCCAAACGCUCUGCAGGCGGCGAGGAGAGUGUCAAGAAGAAGAAGAAACUGGAAAAGAAUAUCGACAUGGACAAGUUGGCGGACGGUCUCCAGAAACUCGGAGAGGAUGACCUCCUCCAGGUCGUGCAGAUGGUGCAUGAUAACAAGGCACCAGACUCUUAUACUAAGAAUGAUGUCGAGCAGGGCGAAUUCCACGUUGACCUUUACACACUACCAGACAACCUCAUCAAGAUGCUGUGGGACUUUACACAAGAGAAGGGUGCUUUGUAA